AUGAUCCGUUCAGAUACUAACCACGACGCAAUCGAUGAGGUCGUCUAUUUACAAGCGUAUGCGGAAGGUUGGAGCGAUGGCAAGUAUGAGAUUAAAUUCGAUAAACGAGAGUGCAUCAAUGGGGGUAGAUUCUAUGAACGAGCUGACGACGGCAAAUGGUCCGGUUGGUUUUUCACGUAUACGAACGUUCGUGCCCGUCAGUUCUCGUGUGUUUCCAUUCAAGGCGAUUCGAAUACGUUAGCAGAUCUGGUCGAACGCGAUCAUUCUGAAGCGAUGUCGUUGUUUAUCGAUCGGGCUGAGGCAAUUCUGCAUUCAUCGUUUGGCGAUUCAUACUAUUGGGAGGCUAGAAGAUCAAUGCGAUACGCGAAACAUCUCGUUGAAAUUGGUGAUAAAUUCAGGUCUGAAAAAUUGAACUCGAACGAUGUGUCUGAUAAAACUGUUCUAGACAAAAGCUGGGUUGAAACCAAGAAGGUAAGACGAUCGUUUUGA